AUGGUCGUGCAGACAUCUGUGCCCGAACUGUACGAAGAUGAGUCGCAUUCGGUUAUUGAGAUACGCACCGACAGCCUCCAAACCCUUCGCGAACUAGGACCUCCCGAUCUUGUUCAUCUGGUCAAACAACCUGUAGGCAAGUCUAGUGCCAAGCAGGUCGGAUUGUACCAUCAUGUGACUGGCAUCGAUGCCUCCUCGUCGGCAUCCUUGGCAGCGUACAUCAAUACCUUAGUCUACCAGCCCAACGAUAGACAGAACAAGAUCACCUCAGGACUCUACUGCUGCUACAAUGCCUUCUCCCGCGUAGAUAUGCGCGUACAAGUGCAGAUACCUGGAACGGUCGAGAGCUACUGUAUGGACGAGCGAGGCAACAAGUUGGAGGCCACGGAGGAGCAUUGGCUGGAGACGUAUUUGUGCUCGGUGCUCAGAGCAUAUUCGUAUGCGGACAAUGGCAGUGGUGAUACGGUCAAGAAGAUCAUUGGCGUAAGGAGGUUCAAUCCUGUCACGAGUACAGAGCAGGAGCACAAGUUCUUGGACGCGGCAGAGAAGCUAUUCUUCAGUGGAUGGCAACUAGGGUCAGAUCCGGAAAUCCAGGUCCCUAAUUUGGUGUCGAAUCACCUGACGAGCGGUUUACUGCAUUACAUCACGACAACCGGACGCUUCACAUCAGGGAUCAACCUCUUCGAAAAGCUGAGGGCUAGGGAUCCGGAGAUUGCUUCGCUUCUUGCGCGAGUGUACCUGGCGGCAGACGAGGAGGUGAAGGCGGUGCAGUUGCUCCACGAGGCUGUAGAAGAGCUGCCCAUGGACUACUCGAUCCUCGACUGCCAGGCUGAAUUCUGCAAUCGAAAAGGUAGAUCAGAUUUGGCGCUCGAGAUUGCGAAACGUGGUGUAGUAGCGGCACCAAGUGAGUUUGGCACCUGGGCACGAUUGGCGGAAGUGUAUGUCGCGCAAGAACAAUGGGAUCUGGCUCUGCUCACGCUGAAUUCAUGUCCAAUGUUCACAUACCAAGACAAGGAUGCGCCACGGUUACCAGAGCCCUCACGAGUAUCCCUGCCGUUAGACCCGCAAACGAUGUGCGACGAGAUCGACGACGCGGGUGCCACGCCACCUGAUGUAGACAUGGUACACCCCACGCUUCGACGACUGGCAGCAGGCAACUACAAAGGCACAUUUCACAAGGCUUAUAUAUUGCUCACCGAGAUCACUAAGAAGAUUGGCUGGGAUCAGUUACUCAAGAUCAGAAGUCAAGUCUUCGUAAUGGAAGAAGAGUACCGAAAUGAAAAGCAACAGGCGCCCGGGAGUCGUAAUGCCAGUACUACUGCAUUACGAGGGACCGAUACGCCACAACCGAAUGGCCAUGGCGAGAUCGAUAAUCAGGACGACUCUGGCCCAGCUCCAUCAUCAUCUGGCACUGGCGCAACGACAAACGGCUCCGAUAUAGUGAGUCCAGCAUCGGAUGAGCCACAGGCAGCUACCACAGGCUAUCUCGACCCUUCCGUAUCAAAACCUACGACAUCGAUAACAGUCCGCUCUGGAGCAGAAACACCACAGCCCGUGCCACCAACCACAACCCAAGACGACGCCUACACGCAAUUUCGACAUAAACGUCUCUGCGAACGCUGGCUCGAUAACUUGUUCAUGGUAUUGUACGAAGACCUGCGGAUAUAUACUAUAUGGCGCACAGAAGCGGCACAGUACCGACAACAGCAGCUUGCUUAUAAGAAGACGGCUGAGGAAUGGGAGAUCUUGGGUGAGCUGGCGCAGCGACUGCAUAGGGGCGACGAAGCGAUCGAGGCAUGGCGAGGCUGUCUGGAGGUGAGAUUUAGUCCCAAGGCUAUGAGAGGCUUGAUGGGCGACUUGCGAAAUAGGCCAGGAGAUCGCAGGGGCGAGAUCGGGUGUCUGAUCAGGUUGAUCGCUUGGCAGUGGAGGUGGUAUUCUGAGUUCUCGCCUGAUCUCCUGCUUACAAUGCGCCGACUCAUCGAGGAAGAAGGUGCUGUGAAGAUCCGCUCUAUAGUACAGGCGACGAGCUUGCCGCAGCACAUUCUUGAUUUGACACAUCAAUAUGCGGCGCUUUGUGCGACCUUCAGAAGUAGCGGCACCGAGGGCUAG